AUGGAGACCUUUUCAAGGCAACAGCACAAACACCACGAUAUCAGCAUCACAACCAAAGAUGUUUCUUCACGAAAAGCAAAACCUGGUCCUAUUCGUUCCUGGUUAUGGGAGACUCUAUCGUUACUAUUGGCUUUGGGCUUGCUGAUAGCUACGAUUGUCAUCCCAGCACAGAACAAUAACAGAGUCUUGAAACCAUGGCCAUACGACAUCAGCCUCAACACAAUUAUUGCUAUCCUUAGCACAUUUAUGAGAGCCUCAAUGUUACUUGUCGUUGCUGAGCUCAUCGGCCAGAUGGGAUGGAAUGCCAUGCAGAAGCCCCGUCCUGUUUCCGAUCUUCAUCAUUUCAACAAUGCCAGUCGCGGCAUCCUUGGAGCCCUGAAGCUAUUCUGGACUGUUCCUCCUCGUCUCACGAGCAUCAUCGCCGCUCUUGUCAUCAUCAUAUCUCCUGCAAUCACUCCCUUUGCCCAGCAGUCUGUCAGCACAGUUCCCUGCGCAAGAACAGUCGAAGGCGCGCAGGCAUCUCUACCAAUCACUCAUUAUGUCCCUGCCUGGAACUCAAGCUUUAAAACAUCUUCCGCCAGCUAUGAGCUUUCAGGUGAUAUGAAAGUCGCCAUGAUGAAUGGCCUUGUCAACCCUACGGGCAAGGACGCAGCCAUAGCUGCAACCUGCUCGACUGGAAACUGCACGUUCCCAGCAAACUCCCAGGGAAUAACCCACUCCUCUGUUGCCAUGUGUAGUGCCUGUAUUGACACCACGGAGUUCAUCGAACUGAACAUUAGCAAGAAUAACGCUACUGGAGUAGGGGGAUACGCUGGCAAGAUUUACAAUUUCAGUCUGCCAAAUACGCAGUGGGUUCAGGCUGUUAUCAGUAGUCAGGUCAUAGCCAUGUCGGGAGAUUUAGGCUGGGCGCUCGACACACCCAACUCCAGGUUCGCCCAGUUGGCCAAAGUCGCUAUUUCCAACAUCACGACCCUUAGCUUCACGCAAAAAGGCUGCAACGUUACUACCAGCGCCAACGCAACAUGUCCUGAGAAUAGGCUGACCUCAAGAUUGCCAGUGCCCCUGCGCCAGCAAUAUCCCAUAGCAACGUCAUGUGCCCUCUAUCCUUGCAUAAAGAAAUACCACGGCAAGGUGGAUAGAGGUUCGCUUAUCGAGAAGGUGGUUGACGAGCAGCCCAUCGAUUACGAUAGGGCUACCGAUGACGAUGCAGGAAACCGUGUUGGAGUACAAACGCCCUGUUUGAUCGAUGGCAAGGAAUACAAACUUGCCAACUUUUCUCAAACCAAGGAUCCCUCAGACUCAGAAAUAGUUGUCCCGGUCGACGGGACCAACUAUACUGUUCCGAACCAAUGUGUCUAUCAACUCACCUUUGGGUACCGGCAAGCACUAGGAACCUUCAUUGAGAAGACGCUCUUCAACACCCUCUGCGUCGCCAUUCCCUUCGCCGGCGCAAAAGGCCAGCUUAAUUGUGGCGACCAAUGGUGGCUACCUCCACUCUACAACUCAACAUUCGAAGGUCUCGAUGCAUCUUUUGAUUUGUUCACGACUGCCAUAACAAACAAUUUCCGCAGGCAGGGCAUCCAGGCUAUAAGAAAUGGUUCCAUGGAAGAGAACGACAAGGCUUCUGGCCAAGCUACAGAGAUGGCUAUCUGCACUGUGUUUGACUGGCGAUGGGUGCUGUUGCCGGCUGGGCUGGUGGCCAUCACGAUGUUGUUGUUGAUAGUUGCGGUUGUGCAAGGGUUCACGAACCCAGGAAUGCCAGUGUGGAAGACGUCGAUACUUCCGUUGUUGUUUUAUGGACCUAAUGUGGUGGGCCAUACGCAGGAAACGGACUUGGAUGAUUUGCAGAAGGAGGCUGGGAGGGUGAUAGUUAAGAUUGAGCAUGAUGAGAGUGUUAGACUUGGACAGGUUGAUACUUGGGGGACGGAAAGUUGA